UCAACAAAAACAGAAGCCAUCAGGGCAGGCAGCCUUACAGAAGAGGUCACGGCCAGGCCUGGGAACUGCUUAAGAAAAGAAAACACCCGCCCUUAACUUCAGCUCACUGCUUUGCUAAAUGCACCAACGUGUCUCUUUUGAACCCAACUCAAAGCUGAUCUCCGCGGAAGGACUUUUGAGCGCACCAAAAUAGCUCUGGCCAGCUGCAGCACUGACAUUUGGAGCACGGCAGGCAGAGCAGCAGGGCACGGUCAGCAGCUCCUCAGCUCUGCUCUCCGAAGCACACGCUGACAGCAGAGCAGGACACCAUCGCAAGGAAGUGACCGACUGCCCGGCUGGAAGGAACGCACCAAUGAGCGCAGCAGGGCAGCGCAGGAGGCUUCGCUGUGAGCAAUCGCCCUGCUGGAGGACAGGCCCUGUGCUAACGAUGGAAGGUUCUCGAGACCCUUAACACCUUCACUAAAAGCACCACAGCAGUCCAAUCCAGAAAGGAACAAAGACACUGUAAGAUGUUCAACUCCAGCACAAACUCCUCGGGAAGCAGCUGCAGUAACAUCACAGUAAUUACAAAGACAGUCAUUCCCCUCAUCUACUGCUUGAUCUUCAUGGUAGGGUUGCUGCUGAACGGCGUGGCAGCGUGGAUCUUCCUGUGCAUCUCCAGUGAGAAGAGUUUCAUCGUCUAUCUCAAAAACAUCGUUGUUGCUGAUCUCCUAAUGAGUCUGACAUUUCCUUUCAAAAUUCUUGCCGACUCAGAAAUCGCGCCUCCACAGCUCAACACGUUUGUGUGCAGAUACUCCGCUGUCGUUUUUUAUGCAAACAUGUAUAUCGGAAUAACAUUUUUUGGCCUCAUAGGUUUUGACAGGUACUACAAAAUCGUGAAGCCUUUAUUCACCUCCUUAGUUCACACGGCUCACUACAGUAAGGUCAUCUCUGUCAUCAUAUGGAUAUUGAUUAUGUUCAUAACACUUCCAAAUAUGAUUUUAACUAAUGAAAUCUCUAAAGCAAAUUAUUCCAGAAAAUGCAUCGGUCUUAAAAGCGAGCUAGGCAAACAAUGGCACAAGGCGUCCAGUUAUAUUUGCACAGGGAUUUUCUGGGUUGUUUUCCUCCUACUCAUCAUCUUUUACACUUCAAUCUCAAAAAAAAUAUACAGCUCCUACAAAAAAUUCAGAAGGAACUCGGACUUCACUAAGAGAAAAACCAGCCGCAACAUAUUCACCAUCAUGUUCGUGUUUGUCCUUUGCUUUGUGCCGUACCACUUCUGCCGAAUCCCAUACACCCUGAGCCAGACCAGCUCACAGUUCAACUGCCACUCACAGAGGGCUCUGUUCCACGCCAAGGAGUUCACUCUGCUCUUAUCUGCUGCCAACGUGUGCCUCGAUCCCAUUAUUUAUUUUUUCCUCUGCCAACCUUUUAGAGAAAGGCUGUAUCAAAAACUGCACCUCAAGCUGAAAACAUCAGGUGAGGCUGACAUUACUAAAUCGAGGAGAUCAAACACACUGCAGGAAAGCAUGAACAUUCUGUAAGUUCAGGUCUGUAGAACAACACAUGCUUGCAAGUUACCCCAUAGUGCAAACAUUGGCACUGCAGAAAGAAACGGAACAGAUGAUGACCAGCAAUAAACCAGAAAAUGUUUCAACCACAAAAUACCAAGCAGUGUUUCUCUCUAUACAAAGCCCAUUGCGUGCUGUCAGUGUAUUUACUAUGUAGUAUUUCAGCUGAUGCUACGACUGCACUGUGGUGCAAUGUGACCUAUCUGGAUCACAGGAAAGAGAAGAAUAAAUGGAGCAAAACAUUCCGCAGCUCCAGUCCACGGUUCUGAAAGAAUCACCCAACAUUCCAGACCCAGAACUGCCCUCGUUUCUCAUGAAGCCAGGCAGGACAUGCUUGAGGAGCAGCAGGGCAGCCCAAAGGACCUGGGAACAGCAGAUCAGCCCAGCGCAACCCAAGCAGAGCCCCUGAAGCAACACGGGAAGCUCAGCUGGGCCUCUCUGGCUAGAUUUACACCCACAAAGAAUGGACUGAUAGUGCCAAAAGCGUAAGAAAACCAUGGUAAAACAUGGUAUGUAGAAAAGUAACAGCUGAAACACCAACCUUCCACAUGCAA